AUGGAUGACUUAGAAAUAAUUCGCAGAGGGAAGGUUAAUGGCCGUGCCUUCCUCGUAGCGUCAAAUCUUGUGGAUUUCGCUAAGGAAUGUUCAUUGGCUGUGGAUAGCUUGGAAUCCCAU